ACACUUCUCUUCUCAUUCAGAUCAAAACUAGAGUGGAACAUAUUAACAGAGGGAACACGCUAGCUAGAAUUCGAAGACCAAAGAGGACAAAUGAGACUAAUGAGGAUACUUCCCAGCCUAAGAAUAUCUGCAUUAAAGUGGACAGUUAUGGUUGUAUCAACUGGCAGCCUCAUAACCUGCCUGAAGGAGAGACAACGGAUUCUCUUGAAGUCAAGAGGCAGAUGUUGGUCACAUUGUACAGGAAAGAAGGACCCAGAUGUGCAGAGACUGUGAAGGUUGACGAUCUCAUGCACAUUACAUACAUACAGCAGCGCCAAUUCAUCAACUCUAAUCCUUCUCCCACAGUCAGUGAUAUUACGCUGGAGUGGCCCUUUCUUUUCCAGAAAAGAUGGUUCCUUUCUCAUUUUGAAAGGCCGACUGGUAUUGACAUUCUCACAAGACUUACUGUGGCUCUACAGAAUAAAGGCAGGCGAAUCAUCAACUACUUCCAGCAUCAGAAGUUGAAGUGGAGAAGGGAGAUUCAGGCUCUGCUGAAUGAAAUUGAGAAUGACUCAAGGACACUACAAGACCAAGAUUUAAUGGUGAUUUCAGUCAUCUUGCUCUUAAUGGCCUUCUUUACAGAAGCGAUGGAGUCCGUGUUCAUCUUAGCUGAUGUCACUGCAACCCAGGCAGAUGUGGAGAAACAGGUGAUACCAGAAACACCCAGGCUAAUUAUGCUCGGACAUUCAAUCAUGACAGCAUCCAGGUGGAUGGUGUCCAUUGAGGGGAAAGUUGUCAUAACGUCAGACGGCCAUGACAACUUAGUAGCUGCCUUUGCUGUGUUUUUUUCCAGUUAUUACAUCCUCAAUAUUGAGUACCAGGAGGCUGCUGCUUGCACACUGGAGUUUGUUCAGAGGUUUCUGGCCAGAAUUAACCCUGAAGAUGGGAAAAAAUGCACAUCCAGAAAGGGAGUCAGCAAGAAGACAGGGAAGGUGGUGCAGAGGAAAGUGGUGGCCAUUAACCCACAUGUGAACACUUUUAUGAAGUCCCUACCCACUGAGCAUGCGACGUCUGUGGACAUACAGAACAGGUUGAUAUCAUGUCGGCCCGUCCAGGCCAUGAUCCGAACGUCCAUUGACAGCCAGAAUUAG